CAGGAAUGACCGGAAGCAUGUGCGUUUGUGGUGAAAUCACAACAACAUAGCCGGUUUCCGAGUUGAUCGCCCGAUUUUGCACUUAUUUACUUGAUAACAGUUCCAUUUUAACGAUAAGCGAUUUAGGCACAUUAGAAUGGAGAAUCUUCCCCCAUCUGUAGCCACUGAGGCUGUACUGGUGAAGAGCUCCCCCAUGCCAGAUGGAGCCCCGACUGUCAAGGGAUAUGAUUUCAACGAAGGCAUCGACUACCACAAGCUGAUGACAUCCUACAGGAGAAGUGGUUUCCAGGCAACAAAUUUUGGCAGGGCAGUGGAGGAAAUAAAUAGAAUGAUCGACUGUAAGCUCCAGCCGAUGUCGCCUGAAGACCAACACCACAUGAAUCUGAACCCCUGUGGGAGAGAGAGGUCAAACUGCACCAUCUUCCUCAGCUACACGUCCAACCUUGUGUCCGCUGGGGUCCGAGAAGUGAUCCGCUAUCUCGUGCAACACAACAUGGUUGAUGUGGUGGUGACAACGGCAGGAGGGAUAGAGGAAGACUUCAUCAAGUGUAUGGCGCCCACAUACCUGGGCGACUUCGCACUGAAUGGGCGGGACCUGAGGGACAAAGGCAUCAACCGUAUAGGCAAUCUGCUGGUGCCUAAUGAGAACUACUGCUUCUUCGAGGACUGGGUCAUGCCUAUCCUUGACAAGAUGGUGGCCGAACAAAAAGAAGAAGGGAUCACAUGGAGUCCGUCCAAGAUGAUCGCACGUCUGGGGAAGGAGAUCGACAACACUGACUCAAUUUACUACUGGGCCUACAAGAACAACAUUCCAGUCUUCUGUCCAGCGCUGACCGACGGCUCUCUGGGUGAUAUGAUCUACUUCCAUUCCUUCAAGAACCCUGGACUUGUGCUGGACCUUGUUGAAGACAUCCGGAGGGUGAACAGCCAGGCCGUUUAUGCUGUCAACACCGGCAUGAUCAUCCUGGGUGGUGGCGUCGUCAAACACCACACCGCCAACGCCAACCUCAUGCGUAAUGGUGCAGAUUUCUCCGUGUACCUCAACACAGCAUCUGAGUUUGACGGCAGUGAUUCGGGAGCCAGCCCAGACGAGGCAAUCUCAUGGGGCAAGAUCAGGAAAACAGCCAAGCCUGUCAAGGUGUGUGCUGAGGCAAGUCUUGUGUUCCCACUGAUGGUGGCAGAAACAUUUGCAAGACGGGAAAAGGAAUAUGAUGCCUUCUACAAGAUCCGACCAUGAUGUGUAGAUUUCAGACUUGUCUGCAGCACUGUGAUAUCUCAAGACACCAGAUCCUGCUUGUUGCCAUGGUUACAUCACCAUCUUUCAGACCCUGCAUACUGGACCUGGAUCUAUGAAGCACUACUGAACUGAUGUAUUGUUACCCUGGUUUAAUCAGUAUUUGUCAGAACUAACAUGGUGGGCCUGGAUGUAUGAAGCACCACUGAACUGAUCUACAGUUACCAUGGUUACAUCACCAUCUCUCAGACCCUGCAUGACGAGUCUGGAUCUCUGAAGCACCGCUGAACUGAUCUAUAGUUACCAUGGUUACAUCACCAUCUCUCAGACCCUGCAUGACGAGUCUGGAUCUCUGAAGCACCACUGAACUGAUCUACAUUUGCCAUGGUUACACCACAUCUUUGACCUCAGGAAUAGUUCAUAUUGUCAAAGUGGAUCCCCAGUGAUAUCAUUUGCUUGUUGGAUGCUAUUAAUGAUGGGCCAAUCAGUACACCUUUAUGUCACUCUUUUAGUGAUAUCUGUUUGCAAGUUGAGCAUAUGACCAUAUCCAGAUGAUAUCCAUGUGGAUGUAGAUACUGAUAUCAUAAAUCCUGUACAGGAUAUCAUGAUACAUCAUAUUGCAAUUACUGUUCAAGGGCUGGCAGAUAUAGAUAUUAUCAUGUAACACCAAACAGAUCCAAAUGAUAUCAUGUUAGAUCCUGGGAAAUGUUGCUAUCAUGUAACACCAAACAGAUCCAAAUGAUAUCACGUUAGAUCCUGGGAAAUGUUGCUAUCAUGCAACACCAAACAGAUCCAAAUGAUAUCAUGUUAGAUCCUGGGAAAUGUUGCUAUCAUGUAACACCAAACAGAUCCAAAUGAUAUCAUGUUAGAUCCUGGGAAAUGUUGCUAUCAUGUAACACCAAACAGAUCCAAAUGAUAUCAUGUUAGAUCCUGGGAAAUGUUGCUAUCAUGCAACACCAAACAGAUCCAAAUGAUAUCAUGUUAGAUCCUGGGAAAUGUUGCUAUCAUGCAACACCAAACAGAUCCAAAUGAUAUCAUGUUAGAUCCUGGGAAAUGUUGAUAUCAUCACCUGAUACUGACUGUGUCUUGAUUGUGAUAUACCGUUGACAGAGACAGAGGUGAAAGCUGUUGUACAGUAUAUGCUCAUUAUACUCUACUUUAAUGUUUCUUGGUUGUGUUGAUAACAUGUGCCAGGGGUCGUAUUUGUCUUGAUUCUUGAUCAGUGGUUCAUUUGUCCUGUGCAGAGUUGUGUCCCUUGGGCACGACAACCCUAUGAUCGUGGGUCCCAAUAACAUAUUUGCCCUCAUUACAUUUUUCAGCACCAUUGACAUGUUUUUGAAUUUCACCAUAAAUACUGUUUCAAGUGGUGUUAGGGCAAACUUACUCACUUAUUUCUUGUAAUAUCUUCAAGUUAUUUUCAAUUGGGUGUCAGAUAGCCAAGUUGUUGAGACCACGAGAAGCACUGGUUUCAUUUCAAACAUUUAUACCAGCAAUACCUACAUACUAGAGGUGUAACAGUAGACACUAAAACACUUGGUGCAUUACAACAGAGACCAUAUACAUGAGACCCGUGAAGAUCCGGGUAGAGAAUAGGUCUUCAGCAACCCAUGCUUGCAGUAAAAGGCGACUAUUCUUGUCGUAUAAGGCCACUAACGGGAUCGGGUGGUCAG